CUCGGACGUGACGUGAGCGAGCAGGGAGCGGACGGUCGGUCCCUGACCCCCCCCGCUCCGGUCGGUAUAAUGGGCCGCGAGCCGCCGCUGGGAGAUGCUGCUGCCGCAUUAGCAAGGGGCGGGGAGCGCUCCGCCGCCGGGCCCUGAGCCGCCGCAGGAGGCGGCCGCGGCGAUGCUGGGGCCGCGCUGAGCUCGGGGCGCGAUGGCCGAGGAGCCGGCGCUGAGCUCGGAGUCGGUGCUGCGGUUCCUGGCGGCGCGGGGCGGGCGGGCGCGGAACACGGAGCUGCUGGAGCAUUUCCGGGGCUGGCUGAGCCCCCCGGAGCCGGAGCGCCGCGCCCGGGCCCGCCAGCGCUUCAAGGAGCUGGUCAACGCCGUGGCCACCGUGCGGCUGGAGCCCGGCUCCGGGGCCAAGUACGUGCAGCUGCGGCGGCGCUACCGGCCCGCGGGGACCCCGGCUGCGAACAAGCCGGACGCGCCGCCCGGUGACCGGCCCCUCGAACCUGGCGAUAGCGAGACCGCCGCUCCCCUCGAUCCCCGAGCGGCGCCCCGGCUGGAGCCGCUGCCUGACAUCGCGGACACCGCCCCCUUAGACCCCCCAGUAGCGCUGGAGCUGCUGCCCAGCAUCGCGGUGACCCCUGAGGAGGAGGCGGACUCGGUACAGCGGAGCCGGGACUCCUCGCCUUGCCCCGGGGGGCAGCCGCGGGAGAUCGCGCCUGCUGCCCCGGGGCAGCCGGACCCCGAGGAUGGGGCGCUCCUGGGGAAGGGCCCCCCUAGCUGCCCGCAACAGCCUCCCCAGGCGGGGAGCGGGAGCGACUUGCCCCGGCUGGGCCAGGUGCCCCCGGGCGGCGGCAGGAAGAGGAGCUCGCGGCGCAAUGUGGCCCGGGGGCUGCAGGCGCAGCCGGGGCACGGCGCGGAGGAGACGGUUGUCCCUGGCCGGCUUGCCGAAGAGGAGGGGGCCGAGGCCGGUUCCUGCUCCCCCUGCUCCCCGGGCAGCUCCGGCGGGGGGGCCACCCCCAGGUCCGGCCGCAAGAACUUCCGCGAGUUGAUGAUGGGCAGCUCCCCGCAGCUGAAACGGAGUUUCUUCCCCAGCGCCCCCCGAGCCCGCGGGGGGGACUCGGACAGCGCCUCGCUGGCCUCCUCCACGGCCGAGGAAGAGAGCGGCGGGGGGAGCUCGGUGGCGCUGGACCCGCUGGAGCACGCCUGGAUGCUGUCAGCCGCGGACGGCCGGUGGGAGAGCCUGGAGGGGCUACUGAGCAGUGAGCCGGGGCUGCUCUCCAAGCGCGACUUCAUCACCGGCUUCACUUGCCUGCACUGGGCCGCCAAGCACGGGCGCCACGAGCUGCUCGCCAUGCUCGUCAACUUCGCGCACAAGCAGCGGCUGCCCAUCAACAUCAACGCGCGCACCAGCGGCGGGUACACGGCGCUGCACCUGGCGGCCAUGCACGGCCACCUGGAAGUGGUCAAGCUGCUUGUGGGGGCCUACGACGCAGACGUGGAUGUCAGGGACUACAGCGGGCGCAAGGCCUCCAACUACCUGAGCCAGGGCACCACAGAGGAGAUGCGGAGCCUGGUGGGGGGCCUGCAGGAGGAGGGCGAGGGCACUGUGGGCAAUGGGAGCGGGCGCUGGAGACUCUCCAAGGUGCUCCCCUCCAACCUCAUUACCCACAAACUCUCUCACCACCACCAGGGGCAGGGCGAGGAGACUGAGUCCAGCGAAGGGGCAGCGGCCCAGGGCAAGGAGAUGAAUAGGAAAGCCUCAAAUAGCGGCAGAAUGAAACCACGGCUAAACAAAAUCCGAUUCCGCACCCAGAUCAUCCACACCACCCCCUCUUUCCGAGGGGAGGCUGAGGAGGAGGAGGAGGAGCAGGAGGAGAAGCCACUGAAAACGUCCUUCAAGCUCAGACCCAAAUCCAAUGUCUUUGGUUAAGCAGGGAAACAAGCAGUAUCUAAAUCAGGGGUGUUACAUGCUCCUGAACCCAUUCUGCAAGUAGUGCAGAAGAGAGGUGAUGUUUGCAGGCCUGUGUGAGUGACAAUCUCUCAUCCAGAACUCAUGCAUUCUCCUGGAGAUAAAGCAAAAUGCCUUGUUUUAACUUCUGAGUUUCAUGAAGUGUAAAUAUCUGCAGGGCUCUUGGGAUUUAGCAGUUUCCAGGAAAUAGCUGCUUCAAGCCAAGCAAUGGGGGCUCCCCAUACUUAAGAGCUGUUUGCUUGCAAGUACAGCCAGGGGCAGUGGGUCUGUAAAGAAGUGCUGGGUAUGUAAAAUCUGCAGGCCCUUUCUUUUUAGAAGCUAAGCAUUAGGGUCUGGAAACGUGUAUUUAUACUUGGUUUUAAUUGGAGUUGAAGGGAAGAUGAGAGAUAAUCCAAAACUUUACAUUUCACUACUAGAUUAUCAACUGGUAUUCUAUAUUACUCUUCAUGGACAGCUAACUAUCUAAGUAGGAUUUCUUAAAUACAUUCAUGUAUUUUUAAAGUCUCUUUUUCAAAUGGCAAUACCACAUGAUAAAAUAGAGUUAAGUACAACAUGUGACCGGUGUGUCGAAACUGCUCUGCUGACUGUCAGGAUGCUUGUAGACAUUUGGGCUCCUGUCCUCAAAGACUUAAGAUCAGUCUUAACUUUAACUGUUCAAAUCACAUAAUUCAAAUAUGGAAGUCAAUGGGAUGGGUUGGAAAGGGUAUAGUUAAGCAUGCUAUAAGUCUUUGCUGCUUAAUUGAGGUACUACUGAACUCUAAUAGAAUUGGGAUGCUAAUGCAGAAUAUAGUAGCAUGAAUGAAAGGUCUUUAAUUUUUAUACAUUGAAUAACUGCUAAUUAAGUUCUGUAUCAAAGCAAUUUUACUUUCAUAAUCACUGUGAACUAUCAAAUACUACGUCUAGUACCAUUUGAGUUAUUGAUCGUUUGUCGCCAACACUACACUAGAAUAGUAGCAACAUAUUUUAAGUUGAUAUAAUUAUUUUUAUUCAUGUAGAACUAGGUAAUUAUGCCACACAUCUCAUCCAAGCACAUCACUUUUCCUUAAAAAGGAGUAUAGAUGGUGUUGUAUGAGAUCUUCACAAAACCAAUAAGAUAUUGAAAUGCUAUAGCGCUGUUCUAGGCUUUCAAUAAUUGUGUGCUGUAGUAUCUACUGGCUCCUUCAAUGUAUUUAUAUGCAGAAAUGCUUAUGAACUAUGGUAGGGUGAAGGACCCAGGAACUCUUUUCUAAGGCCACCUUUAUCCCUGUUUGUUUAGUGUAUUGAGUAAAAGCUACUUAAUGAGAGAGUUUGGUUGGUUUUUUUUUUAAAGUAGUGGGGCAACAUUCAGAUUCUGACUCUCUAGUAAAACUGAUUAAAAAUCAAAUUUCUUAGUUUGAAACAUCAAAACCCUUCCUGUCUUUGUGUUUUUUUUUAAAUGCACUGGAAAGUCUCAAAGUAAUUUUUUUGAAAAUUCUCAGCCUCAGACAGGUCUAUUCUAAAUCUGUUCUGUACAGUCUUCAGAACUUAAUUGGUUUCUCUGCUGUUCAGGUCAGUAAUUCCUGCAAAUGUUGGAAGGCAUACUUAUGUUAAAAUAGCCUUUUUUCAAAAAGAGAGGCAUUGGGCUGGUCCUACAUCAUGGACGCAGCUGGCCAUUGAAUCAUCUGUGCGUAAAUGUCAAAAUACUGCCAAUGAAAAAUGUUUCUAAGUUACACUAUCUUGUAAUGUAUGUGCGUAUUUGGGGGAGUUGCUCCUGAAAGAUCUGUGCUUUCUCGUGUUGACAGUUUUCUGCAUUUUGAUGGCAAUAGCAUGAGUGCCUACAAUAGAUAGAUAAAAUAGAUGUGGGGAGAACUUUGCCACAGAUCACUUCCCAGAUUUUGCAUGACUGUUGACCUUAGUAAGCUAUGAUAGUCACAUAGGUAGGCAAUUAAUACUAUGCCAAACUGUUACUAGAAAAACUGACCUUGAGCAGUUUAAUCUGUUUUACACAUUAUUUAGAUUCAGGUCAUUGUUUUUGUUCAGAAACACUAAAAAUCAUGGGGAGGUGUUAAUUUUAUAAUCUAUAAGAUAUCAUGGCAAAUUCCAUUUGUUUUCACUUCUAGUUGUACACUACAAACAUGGGUAUAUUCAGUCCUGAAAAGCACUUUCACUGAUAUGUAUAUGGGGCAGGGCUAUAACAGUCUUCCCUCAGCCCUUUCUGCCAGCAUAUAACUUGGUGCAACAAGAACUGGGUGUUUCAAAGGGGGAAAUGCACUUGAAAACUAGAUACUUACUGAAACUUUCUGCAGCGCAGAAAUAAAAUCUUUCUACUAGAUUUUCUGUAAAGCAAGCUGAAGGUUUGUUAAAUUUACAAGCUUCUAGCUUGAGGCUCCUUGAGUAUUAUAUUUCUAAGUGGACACACAUUUCAUGCUACUACCUAUUUCCAAAUCUCAACUAUAUUAGUGUAGCAGUUUUGAAUCUUGUGUAUCUUUCAUUUUGACAGAGUCAGGUGUUGAGCUUUUCAAGUGUAGGUCUGAUAGAGAAUUGCACAAAAAUAUAUAAUCUUGAAUUAGUAUUCUGUUGGUGAAAGGGGAAACACUUUAGACUGUUGAGAUCUUGGACUACUGCAUCACUCUUCAAAUUGUGUUCUAAGUUGUCCAUUGAAAUUUAUCUUAAUACCUGCAGAAAAAAGUAGAAACUCACUAUUAACUGGGAGAACCAGUAAAAAUUACUGAAAUUUGCAAUUGGUAAAUGUGCAUCACAAUGUAAUUCAGUUUUAGUUUUAAUUUGAUACUUCACAACACACUAGUAAGUGGCUGUAAUAUGUCUAAAAAAGUAAUGAAGUCUUAGUGGUAUAAGACCUCCCCACAACACUAGAAAAUCUGAGUUGUGGUGGCACACACUAUUAGUAUACUAUGGUGAAUUAAAGUGCAAAAUUUAGCAAGGUUCUACUGUAGUUAUUCCAAAUGGCUAGCUAAUCAAAUUUCUGCUUAUGCUAUGAGACUAAAGACUUCUAUUUCACCACUUGGUUUUCACAUUCCACUCCUCUCCCCGCUGCCGCCCCCCUCCCCGCCCUGCUUUUUAUUUGAGCUAAAACAAGUUUCUCUGUGGG